AGUGCGUUAGUUUCCAAUUUGUGGUAAAUUUGCAGCACGUGUUGAACAAAGACAGUUGUUAACUAAAGCUUAGAACUUCUGGAUCACGUCAGUCAGAGAUGGACGCAGAUCUGUAUGACGAGUUCGGGAACUACAUCGGCCCAGAGCUAGACAGUGAUGAUGAUGAAGAUGAGGAAGAAGAUCAUGAUGAUGAGAUGGCCGACUACGGGGGACAGAUGGAUGAUGAGGAAGGGGCGAUGGACCAGGACGAUGCUGAUGAUGGUGGAGACAUGCAGGUAGUUCUUCACGAGGACAAGAAAUAUUACCCCACCCCUGAGGAGGUGUUUGGUCCGGAGGUUGAGACAAUUGUACAAGAAGAAGACACCCAGCCUCUAACAGAACCAAUCAUCGCACCAGUAAAGAAGAAGAAAUUUGCCAUGGCAGAGCAAGACUUACCCUCCACAGUCUACAACAUGGAGUUUCUGGCAGACCUGAUGGACGUACCAGGGUUGAUCAGAAACGUCACACUCUGCGGUCAUUUGCAUCAUGGGAAGACAACGUUUAUUGAUGCUUUGAUCGAGCAGACACAUCCUGAGCUGCGAGCUACUGAGGAUAAAGAGAUGCGAUACACAGACACUCUCUUCACUGAACAGGAGCGAGGUGUCAGCAUUAAGUCUUCACCUGUCACUCUGGUCAUGCAGGACUCGAAGAGCAAAUCCUACCUGAUGAACCUGUUUGACACGCCAGGUCAUGUGAAUUUCUCUGACGAGGUGACGGCAGCGUUCCGCCUCAGCGAUGGGUGUGUCAUCUUUGUGGACGCAGCAGAAGGGGUGAUGCUGAACACUGAACGCCUGAUCAAGCAUGCUGUUCAGGAGAAAAUGGCUGUCACCAUCUGUAUCAACAAAGUUGAUCGACUUAUCCUAGAGUUAAAGCUGCCACCGACAGAUGCCUACUACAAACUCAGGAAUAUUCUGGAUGAGGUCAACAGUAUCAUCAGUUUGUAUGCUGAAGACACUGAGAACAGACGAGUGUCACCCAUCCUGGGCAACGUCUGUUUUGCCAGCUCGUACUACCGAUUCUGCUUUACCCUGGGCUCAUUUGCUAAGAUCUACUCCGACACCUACGGAGGUAUCAACGAAGUGGAAUUCGCACGAAGACUUUGGGGCGAUAUCUAUUUUAAUGGAAGAACGAGAAAGUUCACAAAGAAGCCGCCGCACAGCACCUCACAGAGAAGCUUUGUGGAAUUCAUUCUAGAGCCUCUGUACAAGAUAUUUGCGCAGAUCAUAGGAGAUGUGGAUGAGUGCUUGCCACGACUUUGUGAUGAAUUGGGCAUCUCACUGACGAAGGAAGAGAAGAAAAUAAACAUUCGCCCGCUUUUACGACUGAUUUGUCGUAGGUUCUUUGGGGAUUUUACAGGAUUGGUGGAUAUGUGUGUGGAGCACAUUGGGUCACCGCAAGACAACGCCCGUAGCAAAGUCGAGCACAUCUACACAGGAGACAUCGACACAGAGCUGGCUGAUGCCAUGUUUGCUUGUGAUCCUGAUGGACCUCUCAUGAUGCACACGACAAAGCUGUACCCAACACAGGACGCCACAAGUUUUCACGUGUUUGGUCGUGUGAUGAGCGGAACGCUUCAGGCCAAUCAGGAUGUGAAGAUUCUCGGGGAGAACUACACAUUACAAGAUGAGGAGGACUCACGAUUUGGUCAGGUCGGCAGACUCUGGAUCGCCGAGUCAAGGUACAAAGUGGAGGUGAAUCGAGUGCCUGCGGGGAACUGGGUGCUGAUUGAGGGCAUCGACCAACCCAUUGUGAAAACCUCCACCAUUACAGAUGUGUCUGGCAAUGAAGAGGCAUACAUAUUUCGUCCACUAAAGUUCAACACCAACUCUGUCAUCAAAAUAGCUGUGGAGCCUGUGAACCCGUCAGAGUUGCCAAAGAUGUUGGAUGGACUGAGGAAGGUUAACAAGAGUUAUCCCCUCUUGAAUACAAAGGUGGAAGAGUCCGGGGAGCAUAUUGUGCUGGGGACAGGAGAGCUCUACCUGGACUGUGUUAUGCAUGAUCUGAGGAAAAUGUACUCUGAGAUAGAUAUAAAAGUAGCAGAUCCAGUGGUAUCAUUUUGUGAGACUGUCGUGGAAACAUCAUCGCUAAAAUGUUUUGCAGAAACUCCAAACAAAAAGAACAAGGUAACCAUGAUUGCUGAGCCACUUGAGAAGGGGCUGGCUGAGGACAUUGAGAACGAGGUGGUUCAGAUUUCAUGGCCCAGGAAGAGGCUGGGCGAAUUUUUCCAGACAAAAUACGACUGGGAUUUGUUGGCAGCCAGGUCUAUCUGGGCUUUUGGGCCAGAUGUGACGGGGCCCAAUAUCCUGGUUGAUGACACGUUGCCAUCAGAGGUUGACAAAGGAUUGCUGGGUGCUGUGAAGGACAGUAUUGUGCAGGGCUUUCAGUGGGCCACCAGGGAGGGGCCUCUCUGCGAUGAACCCAUCAGGAAUGUGAAGUUUAAAAUCCUUGAUGCAGUGAUAGCCCAGGAACCAAUCCACAGAGGUGGUGGACAGAUCAUUCCCACAGCUAGGAGAGUGGCCUAUUCUGCUUUCCUCAUGGCGACACCGCGAAUGAUGGAGCCGUAUUUCUUUGUGGAGGUGAUGGCGCCAGCUGAUUGUGUGUCUGCUGUCUACACUGUCCUGGCCAGGCGAAGAGGUCACGUUACCCAGGAUGCACCUGUACCAGGUUCCCCGCUGUACACCAUCAAGGCAUUCAUUCCUGCCAUAGACUCCAUGGGGUUUGAAACGGACUUGCGAACUCACACCCAGGGCCAGGCCUUCUGUCUGUCUGUCUUCCACCAUUGGCAGAUUGUACCCGGUGACCCGCUGGACAAAAGCAUCAUUAUCCGUCCUCUGGAGCCUCAGCCAGCCACACACCUGGCCAGGGAGUUCAUGAUCAAGACACGCAGACGCAAGGGUCUCAGUGAAGACGUCAGCAUCAACAAAUUCUUUGACGAUCCUAUGUUGUUGGAAUUGGCUAAGCAGGAUGUGAUGCUUAUCCCAUGUGAAUUGUCUCGCAAGUCGCGUGAAGACAGCGGUGUCUAAUCCAGUGCCCCGGUGCCCUGGUGUCAUGGGGACGAGAGAUUCGUGUAUAUCCUCAGUCAUUUGGAUCAUGUCAGUGGAUCAACCAAUCAGAUUUGUACAUAGUUUCAUACCUAAAAGACUUGAGUCACUGACUGCUCCUGCUGGGGAGAACUGAGAACUUCAUCCAGAGAUUUUUUUCAUCAACUUAAGAUGACUCAGCCUUCAUCCAGGGAUAUUUUCAUCAACUUAUAAAGAUGAUUCAAAAGACUGACUCCUCCUGCUGGGAAGAACUGAGAACUUCAUCCAGAGAUAUUUUUCAUCAACUUAAGAUGACCUUCAUUUAGCGGUAGUUUUCAUCGACUUGACAUGACUCAACCUUCAUCCAGAGAUACUUUUCAUCAGUUAAGAUGACUCAGAAAUACAUGUACUUUUCAGUAACUUUUAGCGUGACUCAGUCUUCAUCCAGAGUUAUUUUGAGGUAAGGAUGAACCUGGAUCCGUGGAUACAUUUCAUAAACUUGAAGCACGACUCACUUUAUGAGGAAUUGUCUCGGAUCAACCUUGACCUCAAACUCCCGCACUCUCGUAUUCAUAGGGUGUAUGUAGGACAUUGUAUACUGGUACAACAUCUGCUGCUUAUUGGCAUAUAUAAAUUGUAACAUUACUGUCUAUGUUUUUGUGACGGUUGUAUUUCUGCUGUAGUGAUUACCCAGUUCUUGGAAUUCUGGGUCACAUAAAUUCUCUGCCUAGAACUCUGCUGAGCUAUCUUUUUUACCUGAAGAAGACACUUCAAUAUGUACUGUCGCAAGGGUAUGGCUGAGAUAUUGCCGAUGUGGCGUUGAGCCAUAAGCAUUCAUUAAUUAUGUACUACUUUUAUCCUCCCACCAUAAUGCUGGACACCGUCAUAUAAGUGAAAUAUUCUUGAGUACGGCGUAAAAUACCAAUCAAAUAAAAAAAAAAAAUACUGUUUUAACACCUUUCACAUUAUUAAUAUUCUUGUAUCUAGAGCAGAUUCCAGAAGGCCAGUUUUGAAAUUUGAAACAAAAUUUUGGAGCUUAUUUUUGAGCCUUGUAAAUUAAAAUUGGCCACCUCGCCAUAUUGAAACAGAUGUGUCCAAAUUUUAACUUCCAUUUCUGAAAACUAAACAUUGUGAGAAACGCUAUAAAUUUUGACUUAAGUCAGAAAAAAUCUUUGUUGAGUCGGCCCCUGCUAUGUAAACACGGCCAUUCUUAAAAAACCUUUUGUUACGUACAACCCAAUUGUAUGAGGAAAAAAAUGAGGCCAGUCGGGCAAGAAUU